AUGCCGCGACGUAAGCGCAGAUUCGCUUCCCGCGUCAGGAACUACCUGAGGGGUUUUCUGGCCUUUCUCUUCAGCAACGUUGGCGUCAUCGUUCUCGUCGUCGCGUACACUGUAGCUGGGGCCUUCAUGUUCCAAGCCAUUGAAGGAGCGAGCGAGAUAGAACGUGUACACAACAUGACGCUUGAAAGGAACUACACUGCUCAGUAUCUCUGGCAAAACGUUACUCUAGCGCUCAAUUUGUUCAAUGAAACCGCUUUAAAGCAUAGUAUAGGCAUAGAGCUGAAUAAAUAUCAGAGCAAGAUCGUAACAGCGGUGCGGAAUGGCUGGGACGGAGGCAGAUCUUCGCGGCAGUGGAGCUUUUCCUCCGCAUUUCUAUACUCACUGACAGUUAUUACAACAAUAGGUUAUGGUCACUUAAGCCCGCGGACAAGUUGGGGGAAAAUUACGACGAUAUUCUAUGCGUUACUCGGGAUGCCUCUCUUCCUUUUGUAUGUCACCAAUGUUGGGCAACUAUUAGCGCGCUGGUUCAAAUGCUUGUACGCGUUAGUCUGUCUCUGUCGGGGAUGUCCCGGCUUCACCAGACGACGGGUGGUCCGUUUAAGGACUCAAAUGGAGUUCAGUGAAGCGGAGAGCAUAGAACGCCCGGAGGUCUGGCGACCAAGCGCCUCGGACUCGGACGUUACGCCGGAGUACAGGAUGCCGCCUUAUCCGAUUUACCAUCAUAGGAGGGCAGACUACAUGCGUAGUACAUCAAUGCCCCAGGCUCGUAGCGCAAGGUCUCCACGGCCAGUACGCGGCGUGUCAGUCCCACCAUACGCCGUGGACAGCGGCGCGUCCAGCGACUUCAGCUAUGUCACGUUCGACGCGCAGACCAUCACGGUUCCGAUCAGCGUGUGCGUCGCGAUCAUGGUCGGGUACAUUUUGUUCGGUUCGAUGAUUUUUGGCCUGUGGGAGAAGUGGGAUAAGCUUGACGGAGCUUAUUUCUGUUUUAUAUCACUUAGCAGCAUCGGUUUCGGCGACAUCGUGCCGGGCGAGCGCGUGUACACGCCGCGCAUCGAGACGUCGUUCAUCGUGUGCUCCAUGUACCUGAUGCUGGGUAUGGCGCUCGUAGCCAUGUGCUUCAACCUAAUGCAGGAACAAGUGAUACACUACUUCGCUUGUCUGAAGCGAGCACUCAAGCGGAUGUGUCGCUGUAAGAGAUGA